AUGUCCUCUGACUCUGGAGAGGGAACGCAAGUUGCAUCAAGUCAACCUUCUGAAUCUCGCAGACCCGUCUACAGGGUUGAAUCAACUGGUAACUUUUGGCAUGAUGCGCGGGAAGCUUUCAAGCGCAUAUCAAUAGCUGAUGAUUUUCAACGUCUUGGAGAGAUGCCAUGUGCUCGGAACAGUCUUAUGAGUGGUAUCGCCAGUGGUGUUGGAGUAGGAGUCAUCCGUAUAAUGAGUGCUGGGUUUCUCGUCGGAUCACACUGGGCAGUAGGGACUUUUAUGGUUGUUUCCUUGGGCACGUGGACUGUCUGCCAGAGAAAUAUUGAAGCAGAGCGACGUAAGCUCCAAAAGGUUGUUGAAGAGAUGCCAAAUCGCUUCAUCAAGCAGAAAGACAAAACGAUAGACGAAAGCGGUGGAAGCUGA